AUGGACGAUCUCUAUCCCCACAGAGGCUUCAUGCUCGACACGGGCCGAAAGUUCUUCCCCGUGAAGGCCAUCGUCAACCUCUUGAACCUCUUACACCAAUACAACUUCAACGUCUUCCACUGGCACAUUUACGAUGCCGAGAGCUUCCCGCUUCUCUGGCCAGCAGAUGGUGAGUUGACGAAGGUCAGUGAGAAAUAUAAUCACUCGCUCGAGUACUACUCGCCACAGGACAUCGGAUAUAUCGUCAAGUAUGCGCAGAAUUUGGGGAUUCGGGUCUAUCCGGAGACGGAUAUGCCUGGCCACUGUGAUAUUUGGGGACUCUGGAGAAAAGAUCUGGUAGUCGGAACCCCGGAUCUGAAGCAUCCAAACGCUCAACUCGAUAUCACAAAGGCCGAGACACAUGAUUACAUACGUGAUCUUGUCUCGACCGUCGACCGAUAUUUCGGUUCUGACUCACACCACUUUGGCGGCGAUGAGGUUGCCCUGAUCUGGAAUACGGAAAACGACAGGAAACUUCUAGCGACUUUCUUCGAGUGGCUCAGAACCAUCCCCUGCUGUCAGCACAAAAAGUUGAUUCUGUGGGAUGACCCCGUCACUACCGAACUGGGAAAUGGUGCAGAUGACAUUUCCACAGAUUGGGUAAUUCAAACCUGGCAUAAUGGCGUGACAAAAAGCGUGCUUGAAAAGGGUUACAGGGUCGUUGUCUCGGAGUCUGAGACAUUUUAUAUUGGUAAUGCGGACUAUGAGAGGAUAACCAAGUUUGUAUUUCCGGUUCAUAGGAAUGUAUUGGGGUUUGAGGUUGUUUGGUUUACGUCGGAGAGCGAUGAUCCGUCGAAUCUGGAACAGAGUUGGAUUGCAGAGCCGCUCAGGGCUGCGGCGGAGAUUCGAAGGAGACCGAGCUAA